GUCAGUACACAACGAACUUUGGUCAUGCCAUAAACAUGGGUUUUCUUCCCUUCUUCUCAUUUGAAACAUGGAUUCUUCUGAUCUCAUUUGUCUUUAUAUUUGUUUUGUAUGGCCACUGGACAUUCGGAGUAUUCGAGAAGUUGGGGAUCCCAGGACCCAAGCCAAUGAUGUACUGGGGGACAGUUAACAGGUAUAACCAGGUGUACUACUUGGAUGACAAUGAAUGUGCUAAAAAGUAUGGAAGAGUAUGGGGCUCAUAUGAGCUCAGGAGGCCCAUGUUGGCUGUGAUGGAUCCUGAAAUGCUGAAAAUCAUCCUUGUUAAAGAGUGCUUCACGUUCUUUACCAACCGAAGGAAUUUCCGUCUCAACGGGGAUCUCUAUGAUGCCGUGAAUAUUGCUGAAGAUGAUCAGUGGAGACGAAUUCGUAACCAUGUUACUCCUUCCUUCACCUCUGGACGUAUAAAAGAGAUGUUCAGUAUAAUGCAGCAUCAUUCCCACAAACUGCUGGUUAGAUUACAAUCUAAGAUGGACAACAAAGAAGUCAAAGUUAUAACCAUUAAAGACAUAUUUGGACCCUACAGCAUGGAUGUGAUGGCAAACUGUGUAUUCAGCGUGGACCUGGACUCAAUCAACGAGCCUUCAAAUCCCUUCAUUACCCAUGCCUCAAAGAUUUUAAGAUUCCCUGUGCCUCUUUUCUUGUUUCAAGGGUGUUUUCCAAUCUUUCUUCCUCUUUUGGAGCUCCUUGGACUUUCCUUAUUCCCCAAGUCCUCUACUACUUUCUUUAGAGCGGUUGUGGAGAAAAUAAGAGCAGAACGGAACGAGAGCUCAAGAAAGAAUUUGGCAGAUAUUCUUCAGAAUUUCAUCAACUAUCAAACAAACAAACUUGGUAAAGAAAGAGAGAAUCAGGGUCUUAAUGAUCAUGAGAUCCUUUCCCAAGUCACAAUGCUCCUGUUUGCUGGUUAUGAAACUAGUGCCACCACUCUUGCUUUCUUAGCAUACACUUUGGCAAGGCAUCCUGAAGUCAUGAAAAGGCUGCAACAGGAGAUAGACUUAACUUUUCCACAGAAGGGUCCAAUCCAGUACGACGGUCUGAUGCAGAUGGAGUACCUCAGCAGUGUGGUGGAUGAGUGUUUGAGGCUGUACCCUCCAGCGGCACAUCUGGAACGAAUGACUAAAGAAACUGUCAAGGUCAAAGGAAUCACAAUCCCAAAGAACAUGAUUGUUAUGAUUCCGGUCUAUGCCCUGCACCGUGACCCAGAGCUGUGGCCAGAUCCCGAGGAGUUCAAACCUGACAGAUUUAGUAAGGAGAACAAACAGGGCAUUAACCCGUAUGCUUACCUGCCGUUUGGGAUUGGACCAAGGAACUGUUUGGGGAUGCGGUUUGCUGUGGUGAUGAUUAAACUGGCCUUGGUGAAGGUUUUGCAGAACUAUAACUUCUUGAUCUGUGAGGAGACUGAGAUACCUUUGAAGAUGCACCCUGAGGGCCUUGUGGGACCUCUGCAACCAAUCAAAUUAAAGCUACAGAAACGCUCUUUCAACUCAGCAGAUGAGGAGAACUGAAGAUAAACUGUCUGAUUGUACAUCGCUCAAGACAUAUAAAUAAUGUUAGUUUGAUUUGAUAAUGAGCAUUUAACAUGGAUAAAAGUAUAUAUUAAUAAACAGCAUUAUUUCAAUUGGA